GUGUACUAGUACUUUUGUCGUGGGCUCAUAUAAUCGGAUUUUGCAAAAUGGAACUGGGCAAGCACCACACCGACCCGCCGGCGGUCGCUGCAUUGUACCUUCACGGGGACGUGCUGGAGUUGGUGCUGGAGCGCUUGCCGGCGUCAGACUUGUCCGCCGCGGUAGCGGUCUCGCGCGAGUGGCUUCGCGCGGUGCGAUCCGCCCUGCGCCGGCUCCGACGGCGGCUGCCGUGGCUUGUGGUCCACCUCCACGGCUGCCGUCGCCGGACCUUGGCGUACGAUCCGCACUCAGGCGUUUGGCUGACGGUGCAUGUGCAAGCCCCGCGCCACGCCUUGCCGUUGAACCUACGCCUCGUGCGGAGCGCGCGGGGGGACCGUGUCUGCGCGCUUUCCUCAUCAGGGCUUGACGUCGCCGGCGAUCCUCUUGGAACUUCCGCGUGCGUCUCCUUGAAGUCUCCCAGCGUGUGGCGUGUCGACCCGGUGUUGGCGGUGGUGGGCGACCGCAUGGUCGCCCUCGGCGGCGCGUGUCAGCUUGCGCUUGCUGCGGGACAGGUCGCGGCGGCAGCGGAGGUUCAUGAAAGCGGAAAUUGGAUCACUUGUGAUCCGCUGCCGUCGAAGCUCCGGGAGUCCGCCGCAGCAACCUGGCUCUCGGCGGCCGCGACAGAUCAGAGAGUCUACCUCACGGAUAGAACCACCGGGUGGACGAGCUGGUUCGAUCCAUUGAAACGGCGGUGGGGUCCCACACGUUGCCUGAGACCAGACGCCAGCGUUUACACGUGGGGCGUCGCGCCUGGUCGUGCCGGCGCUGAGCGGCUGAUGCUGUUCGGAGCGAAGCGCGAAGGCGAGGAAGCAAACAGAGUCGUUGUCCAAGCAUGGGAGGUGGACGGCGACGCUCUGGAUCUGUCCCCCGGCGCGGCGUACGACGCAAUGCCGAGCGACAUGUCGGAGCGGCUUUUCCCCCGAGACGAAGACGAGGACGGCGAGGAGAUGAUGCGAUCGAUCGGCGUGUGCGGCAACGCCACAGGAGGGUACGUGUACAAUGCGGCCGAGCCGGCAAGUGGCGCCGUGCUGUACGAGCUGACGGAGCGGCAGGCCGGGACUGUCGUGAAGCGGUGGGAGUGGGUGCCGUGCGCACUGUCGGUUCAGGCCGAGUCACUGCACCGCGCCGUCCAUGCGUGCUCGAUGGUGGGAUUGGACGAGCUGCAGCGGGGACGGGCAUCAGCAGGACAAGCAGCAAGCAAAGCAAGUACAGACGCACACUAAAUCAAUAAGGGUUUAUCUAGGUCGAUUCAUGCCAGCCAUCUUUUUUUCUUUUAGAAUACGGCCCUCCAUCUUUGUAAGCAGUGUGUUAUCCAUGCGCUGUACUGGCCUGUUGCUUUCUUUUCCUUGUCUUGAGGUGGGCCUGUCUCUCUCUACCUUUUUUUUCGCUGGACUUGUCUCGCAUCUCGCUUCAUAGUCCUUUUAGGCUAGUUUGUCUAUUUGUUUGGUUUUCUUGUAGUACAGGUUUGCUAUUUCAGAUCUGUAUAUGUAUAAUAUGUUGCCUGCAUGCAUCUCCUUUUGUGCCUGUAUAUACCGUAAGAUCGUUGAUGCAUGUUUGUUUGUCAUUGUUUCGAUUUGUGUUCACCCAUGAAACAGUAAAUCAUGUAUCGAAUUGCUCGGUCCAUUUGAUUUGUCGCUAUAAAUUACACAAUUUUUUGAUCGAGAUUGUUUUGUCCCGCGUGUCUAGUGUCACUCGCCCGUUGUCCAUUUUGCGGCCCAUUGCACUGUGAAUUUUUUUUGUUCGUCCGUUCUUUGUGGUCUGUUUUCUUUCUCAUGUUGUAGUUGAAAAGAUGAGCCGUUUGUAGAAGUCGAAGAGAUGAGCUGACCGCUGGUUCAUCCGUUUUGUUCGCCUCUCUCGCUCUCCCCUUCCUCUUUCGUCUCUGGAGCAGAGGUGACCCGAGGAUGGAUCUACUUCUAAACACUACAAUGACAAGAAACAGCCCAAUUUUUUGCAAGACACUAAUAUGUAAGAGGGACGUCUUUUUUUUCUUGUCCUAGUUGUAAAUCGAUCACUCACAUGCAGUUAGGUCCCACCCAUUUUGGUCUCUGCUGUAAGUGUACUCCCUAUAUCCAACUCGAUCUGCCUCUUUAUUUUCUUGUCCUAGUAUGCAACCGACCACCGACAUGCAAACUUGAGCCCUUCUCUUUUAUUUUUCUUGUCCAAUUGCAAGUCAACCUUCGACAUGUAUCUGGGCCCGACACAUUUUUAGCUUAUGUUGAAAGUGCACGCUUGUCACGCAACUGGGGCCACCACUUUUAUUUUUCUUGUCCCAAUAGCAAUUCAACCACAUGCAUGCAACUAGGGCCCAACCCAUUUUUUUGUCCUAGUUACAAGUUGACUACCAACAUGCAACUGGAGGUCCGGCCCCCUUUUUUGUCUCGGUUGCGAAUUCACUCUAACAAGCAACUAUGGGGCUCAACCAAUUUUCCCUAGUUGCAAGUCCACCAUUGAUACGUAACUAGGCUCGACCCAUUUCUUUGCCCACUUGCAAGUCAACACUUCAGGUGUAAUUGGGUUGACCCAUUUUUCGUCUCAACUGCAACUACACCCUCGACACAUAACUGAAGGAUCUCACCCUUGACUCACAACUACGGAUUUUUUGUA